ACGUAUAUCGAAGAUAAUCAGUUUGCAUUAAAUAAACAAUUGCAAAUAUAAAAGAGAAGUGUAGUUGUUAAAUAUCUAUUACAACAGUAUUAUAAACAAUUUAACUGAAACAAGCUGUUCCGAAUAAAAGCAUAAAACAUAUAUGAUUGUAUAUUUAUAUCACAUAUACUACUCUGUCGCUAACACAAUAUAGUGCGAAAUAUAUUACUUACAUUUUUGUAGUUAUGGCUGGAUUUGUAGCAGUCCACACCGGCGCUGGAAAUUGCAUAGAUGAAACGAAAUACCAGCGUGUUAUUAAAGAAGCUUGUGUUCGAGCAACAGAUAUACUAAAGAAUGGUGGUUCAGCGAUGGAUGCUUGCGAGGCGGCAAUAGUUCGCCUUGAGAAUUGUGGCAAUACAAAUGCCGGUUUCGGAUCUAAUCUGUGUUGGGACGGUCGAGUGCAGUGUGAUGCAUCUAUAAUGGACGGUUCAAAUCUACACUUCGGAGCUUGUACCAAUGUUAGCACUGUACGAAAUCCUAUACGCUUAGCUCGUUUAUUAUGCGACGGUCAAUCGACUAUGCUCUCAAUGGAACGAAUACCACCAAUGGUUAUGGCGGGCAGCGGUGCAGAAAAAUAUGCAGAAGAACUGGGUUGCACUAUGAUCGACUCAAGUGCAAUGAUAUCUUCUAAAGCAAAACUUUCAUACAACCAUUAUAAAUCUAAAAUAUCGACAAUAACAUCUGCUACGGAAGCACCUACUACAUCGGUUGUGCCCGCUCAAGUCAGUGCACUUGAUACGGUAGGAGCUGUGUGUGUAGAUAGUGCCGGUAACACCGCUGCUGGUUGUAGCUCUGGUGGUUUAUUACUAAAAGUACCGGGACGAGUGGGACAGGCAGCUACUUAUGGUGCUGGAUGUUGGGCAACUAACACUACUGAGACCUCAGUGGCCACUUGUACCACCGGAAAUGGUGAAUAUUUAAUGAAAACUUUGUUGGCAAAGGAAAUAUGUGGGGAUUUAUUGUCAAGCGAUUGUGCCGUAACGAGCUUACAUAAAAGCUUGAAGUGUAAAUUCUUGGAAUCACCAUUCCUUCCCGUUGACCAAGAAUUGUAUGCCGGAGCGCUUUCGCUCAUUUACUACCCCCAUGGUAACACUGGUGAAGUAUUAUGGAGUCACACAACCAAAUCAUUUUGUGUUGGCUACAUGUCCACGCAACAAAAAGCGCCAAAGUUCAUAUAUUCUCCACUGCCGACGUAUAGUAUAGCGGGAAGAUCAUGUGUGGUCAAUGGGCAUAAUUUCCAUUUGCGCGUCUAAUCGCCGCCUCAGCUGCCAUAGCUUGCAUUAAUGAUGACAGCAUUCGCAUUCAUUGUGAGUGCUGGCAUUGCAUGUAUUCAACAUUCUUUAUUUGUUCGCGAAUGUACAUACAUACAUAGAUAAAUAUGGUAUUUCAGUAGGAAGAAGAAAGCACAAUUGUGAUCAAGAAUUUCCAAUCGAAAGUCAUUUUUAUUCAAAAGUUGUGUGUUUAUUAAUGUUUGUUUGUAAAGUAUAUAGUAAUUUAAAAAGAAGCGAAUUACAAAAGUAAAUACUUAUAAAAAAUAUAGUAAGUAUAUAGGACGAUUUAUAUAUGAUUUAUGUAUAUAUAAUAUUAUAGCCAGCUUAAUAAGUAUUUUUGUAUUCAGUUGUGAAAAAAUGCUUUUAUUUUGCCAAAGCGUAAGUGACCGAAGCAUCGAUCACGUAAACGUAGAUAAAUAUAGUUUUUAAUUUAUCCUCUAUGUAUACUGUAUAUAAUACUCAUAAUUUCUAUACUAGAUAAAGGCAAAUGUGGUAUUUCGAAUACUUGCAACAUGUGUAGGCAUAUAUUGUUUUAUUAGAUGUAAUGAUCUUUUCUAUAAAUUAGAAAAUGUGUGCAU